AUGGAUGAGCUAGUGAGGGUGAAGGUGCUUUCAGCGGGCGAGAGCUUCACAUUCAAGAGUGUGACCGCUGCGAAGCUUGAAAGCCUCUUCGGGAUUGGUUCAAUCAUUGACGAAGACGGGUAUGUGGUGACGGAGGAAAACGAGCUCCCUUUCGGCAACUACACAUAUAAACCCGACUUCAAAUUUGCUGAUCCAUGCAUUCUCAACCACGAGCCAAACGAUCUGGAGCGCAGCGAGGUCCUGGCGAAUCUCCAGGGCCAGCACAGCAAGCCCAAGUUCCUCAACUGCAGACCAUCCCAUGCCAAGCCUCCAAUCCCUCUCCAGCUCGUUCAUCCAGUCUUUGCUCACUUCACCGACCUGAUUCACGAUCACGAUCUUGGAGCUCCUGGGCUGGCAGACAUCGAGUUCGCGCUGGAGCUCGCGCACCUUUCAUCGCUUUACCACUCGGACGAGGCCAAACUAAGGUGCACUGUUCAUCGGCUCUUCUCCAGGUACCUGGGCGUUCCCUGCCGCGAGGCGCUCACGAUCCAUGGCAGCUGGGAAGCUCCUCUCGCGAUGAUGAGUCGUUCCAUGAACAAGAGCCUGAUUGCUAUAGGUGAAGUGAAGCUCGGCGGCCUGGAUUCGUACACUCAUGGCUUCCACUGCUACGCGCUCUACUGGGACAUGGUGGGAGCCAAGGAGCGGUACAUAGACACUUGCUAUCCAGCGUUUCUCAUGGAGCUCGUUGGCUGCAAUCUGAGAAUAAGCGCCAUGGCAAAGCUCGACGAGGUGGUGUGCCAGCCUCUCACGCACUUUGUCAACCUAUUGCCAAUCCAGGGCUUGGAUCCAGAGAUGGUAGCCGAGUCCGUGCGAGUUUUGGUCGCCUUCAAGCGCUGCCUCGGGCUACUCAACGAGUACUAUUGGAAUGCUCAGGCCGGGACGCGUGCCGGGACGGGGAACAAGAGAUACGACCUCUGGAACUUGGACAUUCCAUAUCCGCUGCACGAAGCGGCGAAGGUGGUGAAGAAGUUUGAGAACAAGCUCGUCUAUCUGGUGGAGCCUUGGGGAGUGGUAAAGCUGGCCAAGAGAUAUGGAGUGGAGGUCCAUCGCGCGUGGGCUGCUGCUGGCUUUGCUCCGGCGCUCUACGGAGUUAGAGCGCUGGCUGGUAGAUGGGUCGAGGUGAGGAUGGAGAAUCUGGGACCGGAAGACGGGUGGGAGAUGCUGGCCGAGUGUGGAGACGCCGACGAGCUGAGGGAUCAAGCUCUUGCCGCGCUGAGAAGUGCUCAUCGCGUUCCAGUAUCGUCGAAUGGCGGGGUCGGAGUUCAUGGAGAUGCCAGGGACGUCAAUGUGAUGAUAAGGCGCCCUCGAGAUGGGGCCGAGAAAGGACUAGGAGUAGAAGUGAGAUUCAUCGAUUUCGACUGGGCAAGUACUCACGGAGAGGGUCGGUAUCCUCUCUUCAUGAACUUUGUGGAAGUCCAGUGGCCUCAAGGGGCCGAGUGUGGGCUCAUUAUGGAGCAGAGGCAUGAUCUCGAGCUUCUUUCGACGCCAUUGGAGCAGCAAACUGGUUUGUUUAGAUGAAAGCAUUGGGUUUGUUCUAGGGAGUCAAAGUCAGUGGUAGUCAAUGAAUGUCAAUAUAAUCUUUGAAGUUUGUCUUUACUUUA